CAUUUCUGUGCCUGUAAAACUCUCUCUCUCUCUCUCUCUCUCAAAUUCUCGAUUUCUAAAAAAUGGCUGCAAACGUUGAAGAAUCAGAGCUACAAAACGGAGGGACGCCGGAAUUGCAGAACGCAAGCGAACCAGAGACAGUAAUCGUUGCUGAUUCCGAGACUGUUCAAUCACAAGAGAGCAACAAUGGAAAUGAACCAGAUAUAGUAACGGCUACAGAUCUCGAGCCUGUUCAAACUAAAAAGAACGAAGACGGAUCCAACGAGCUAAAAGAGGAAUCUUCUUUGUUGAAGGAAACCAAGCCUUCUGAGCUUCGCAAAGAUGAAGGGAACCGGACAUUUUCUAUGAGAGAGUUAUUGAGUGAAUUGAAGGAAGAAGGAAAUGAAGCUUCCGAUGGGGAAUUGCGGAGAACCCCAAAUGCUUCUGAUGCAGAAAGACGUGAGGGAGGGUCUCCGUAUAGCGAAGAAAGCACAAAACAACAAUAUACGGGUCAGAACAGUGUUGCCAUGGACCUGAUCAAUAGUGUCACUGGUGUGGAUGAAGAGGGCCGCUCUCGUCAGCGAAUUCUUACUUAUGCUGCUAAAAGGUAUGCUAGCGCAAUAGAGAAGAACCCAGAAGACUAUGAUGCUCUAUACAAUUGGGCAUUGGUUCUUCAGGAAAGUGCAGAUAAUGUUAGUUCAGACUCCAGUUCUCCUUCAAAAGAUGCUUUGCUUGAGGAAGCUUGUAAAAAGUAUGAUGAGGCCACUCAUCUAUGCCCUACCCUCCAUGAUGCCUUCUAUAAUUGGGCAAUUGCGAUCUCUGAUCGAGCAAAAAUGCGUGGUCGCACUAAGGAGGCAGAAGAAUUAUGGAAACAGGCAACAAGAAAUUAUGAAAGAGCUGUUCAACUGAACUGGAAUAGCCCUCAGGCUCUUAACAACUGGGGACUUGCUUUACAGGAACUCAGUUCAAUUGUUCCUGCAAGAGAGAAGCAAACAAUUGUAAUAAGUGCAAUUAGUAAGUUCCGUGCAGCAAUACAGUUGCAAUUUGACUUCCACCGUGCAAUAUACAACCUGGGCACUGUUCUGUAUGGAUUAGCAGAGGACACAUUAAGAACUGGGAGACCAAUCAACGCAAAAGAAGUCUCCCCUAAUGAGCUAUACGGUCAAUCAGCUAUCUAUAUUGCAGCUGCUCAUGCCUUGAAACCAAAUUACUCUGUCUACCGGAGUGCCUUGAGACUUGUUCGCUCUAUGCUCCCUUUGCCCUAUCUUAAGGUGGGUAACUUGAUCGCACCACCAGCAGGAAACCCAGUUGCACCACAUAGUGAUUGGAAAAGAUCGAUGUUUGUCUUAAAUCAUGAAGGACUCCAACAGCAGCUUAACAAGGUUGAUCAAAAGCAGUCACCGCAAAGUCUUUCUGGCAUGGCAGGAGUUGCUGUGAACACAAAUACAUCAGCUGUAAAGGUUGAUGUUGCACAUAUUGUUUCUGUGUCAGCGUGUGCGGACCUUACAUUACCACCUGGUGCAGGCCUUUGUAUUGAUACAAUUCAUGGACCAAUUUACUUGGUUUCUGACACGUGGGAGUCCUUGGACUGGUGGCUUGAUGCAAUCCGUCUUGUCUACACAAUCUAUGCUCGGGGAAAGAGUGAUGUACUUGCAGGCAUCAUAACUGGCUGAUUGCAUAUAAUGAGACACUGAUAACCAUGUUCUUGAAGAAAUAUGGUGCCUGGGAAAAAAACACAUGAUCUAUUUGUUCAAAUCAAAAUUACAUGUAUCAUUAGAUUGUUCCAGUUGUAUUGGGUUUGGUCA